AUCCCACUGGAUUCGACACAGAUUUCCGCCAUGGGUGUCUCAUUUAAUGACAUGCCAAAAGGUUGUUGGAGGGGUGAACUCAUCAAUGCCCUCUAGACCAGAUUUAACACAUGACGCAUUGGCUCGCGCUGUCAUCAUCCUUUUCUUUUUAAUGUAAAUAAACCCUGAUCUCCUUCAAAGAGGAUGUUAAUUAAAAGCAGAACGCAAAUGAGGCCAGGUGUCUAGUGUAUGGCCACGGUGGAGGUUGUGAACGACCCCCAUUUUUGAUGGUACUGUACCGUUUGCUCAGUCUUCUCCUGAGCUAGCAAGGUCGUGAGGCUGACUUGUAAUAUAAAGACUGCUGAGGGCGACUGUCUCCCCAGCAUCCCUUUGGGUUUCCUGACUCUCUGUGCCCGUUACUGCAUUCAUGUCUUAAGCCUCUUAGACACUGCAGUGAAGAUCAGGCUUUCAUGUGUCAUUAAAAGCACAGCCAUUCGGCCCAAGACUCAUGGCUGUUUUAUUUUGGCGGGACUCCCCCAUUUUGACAUGUAGUACUUUCUCUGUCAGAAAACUGCCCCCCCCCCCCCCCAGUUGGCGAAUGCAAACGGAGCUGUUAAAUAGGCCACUGAAAGCGUGUCAGACAUGUGGACUGCAGCGAGUUUUACAGUGGGGGUGGGAUAGCGUUUAACUCCAAGCAAAAUGUGUUGUUAACCCCCCAUUGCAGUUGUUUUGGUCAAUAAGUAUAACAGGCAUGUUGGCUGACCCUCUCUGUGACUUAAAUUCCAUAGUGAGGCCCUAGCUUCAAGUGUAGUGUAUCCGGUCUCAAAAAGACUUGUUCUAUAAUUCACAUGCUCUGGUUUUUCUGACAGAAUAAGUUCAUUAGCCCUAAGCAGAGAAGUGCAGCUGUCAGAUAUCACAUGACUCUGCUCUCCUUCAGCCCUUUCUAAUCAACCCUGGAGGCCAUUUGGACUUUGGAGCACAUUCACAGUGAUGCCAUGGCGGCAAGACAGAGGCUGAAGGCGGUGCUCAUCGACCUUAGCGGAACGCUACACAUUGAAGACUCGGCCGUGCCAGGGGCCCAGGAAGCCUUGUCUAGGUUGCGGCGCGCCCCGGUGGCCGUGUGCUUCGUGACUAACACCACGAAGGAGUGUAAGCGGACUCUGCUGGAGCGGCUGUGCCGGCUGGACUUCGACAUCCAGGAGCGAGAGAUCUUCACCUCGCUGAGUGCUGCCCGUGGUCUGGUGGAACGUCGCGCUUUGAGACCCCUACUGCUGCUGGAGGACAGCGCCUUGGAGGACUUCUCAGGCAUCGAGACCUCCGACCCCAAUGCCGUGGUGAUCGGGUUAGCCCCCGAGCAUUUCAACUAUCACACGCUUAACGAGGCUUUCAGGCUGCUUCUGGAGGGGGCUCCCCUCAUAGCUAUCCAUAAGGCGCGGUACUACAAGAAAAAGGACGGCCUGGCCUUGGGUCCUGGGCCCUUCGUGACGGGACUGGAGUACGCCACGGAUACCCAGGCCACAGUGGUGGGCAAGCCUGAGAAGACCUUCUUCCUGGAGGCGCUGCGGGACCUGGGCUGUCAGCCUGAGGAGGCCAUCAUGAUCGGCGAUGAUGCCAGAGAUGAUGUGGGUGGAGCUCAGAACUCUGGAAUGCUGGGAAUUUUAGUCAAAACUGGGAAGUACCGGGCCGGGGACGAGGCGAAGAUCAGCCCGCAGCCCCACCUGACGUGUGAAAACUUCCCUCAGGCCGUCGACCACAUCCUGCAGCACCUGCUUUGACAAAGGGCGCCCGGUGAAGGGGCUGUAAGAGCCCUGUCUGCUACACGAACCACGACUGUACAGCAGCCAGGAAGCCUACAGCCAGUGUCAAUACCAUGAAACACCUCAAACUCACCAUGACAAGACUCCUGGGCUCUGGGGGGCAGGAGGAACCUAUAAAGUGACUGAAUGGACCUGUGGUUGACUCAUGGCGCCCUGUGAAUCUAACAGCUACAAUGUAGUACGACAUGUUUCAUGAAAACUGCUUAAUCGUAACCACUAGAUGUGUUUUUUUUUCUAGAGUUUGCUGAAAACCUUCUUCAAGACAGGUAGGACAGUAAAGUAACAGAUUUCAGUUGACUCUCAAAUCAGAGUUUGGUCAGGCGUCAAUGCUACUGUGCAUGAUAGUGAAACUGACACAACGCAACAACGACAUACCCCUGUUACAUGUGUCAGUAAAAGUCUGAUUGCAACAGA